AUGUCUGCCGGUCUCUACGCCAUCCCCUACAAUGGCACCGAGGGCGAGGCGGACGCCGGCUACUCUGCCGGUGUUGCCGACCUCAACGUCUUCUAUGAGUCUGGCGACCUGGCCUGGAUCAUGGUCUGCUCGGCGCUCGUGCUGCUCAUGAUUCCUGGUGUCGGUUUCUUCUACUCCGGUCUUGCCCGCCGAAAGUCCGCACUGUCCUUGAUAUUGAUCUCGAUGAUUUGCGUGGGCGUGGUUGGGUUCCAAUGGUUCUUCUGGGGUUACACUUUGACCUUCUCUCACACCGGCUCCGUCUUCCUCGGCGACAUGUCAAACUUUGGUCUCAAGGAGGUCGUCGCUCAACCCUCUGUCGGCUCCACCAAGAUUCCUGAUAUUCUCUUUUGUCUGUACCAGGGCAUGUUCGCCGCCAUUACUCCCGCUCUCGCUCUCGGCGCUAUUGCUGACCGCGGUCGCAUCCUCCCUGCCAUGGUCUUUGCCUUUAUCUGGGCCACCAUUGUCUACGACCCCAUCGCCUACUGGACCUGGAACGGCAACGGCUGGCUGUUCAUUCUCGGCUCCUACGACUUUGCCGGUGGGACGCCCGUCCACAUUUCCUCUGGUGCUGCCGCCCUUGCCUAUUCAUUGAUGCUGGGCAAGCGCACCGGUUACAACAGCGUUCACGGUCUCCCGUACCGCCCUCACAACGUCACCCACGUCGUUCUCGGAACUGUGUUCCUCUGGGUCGGUUGGUUCGGUUUCAACGGCGGCUCCGCUCUCGCCUCCAACAUCCGUGCUGUAAUGGCCUGCUUCAACACCAACCUUGCUGCCGGUGUCGGUGGCGUCACCUGGAUGCUCCUUGACUACCGUUUGGAGAAGAAGUGGUCCACCAUUGCCUUCUGCUCCGGCGCCAUCGCCGGCCUGGUUGCCAUCACCCCCGGUGCUGGUUUCGUUACCCCCUGGGCUGCCGUCAUCUUCGGCAUUGUCGGUGGCAUUGCCUGCAACUUUGGCACUAAGCUUAAGUUCGUCCUUGGCAUUGACGAUGGUCUUGAUGUCUUCGCCGUCCACGGAAUUGGUGGUAUCUGCGGUAACAUCCUGACCGGUAUCUUCGCUGCUUCCUACAUUGCUGCCCUCGACGGCGCCUACACCGGCGAAAGCGCGAUUGCCGGCGGUUGGAUCGAGCACCACUACGUCCAGCUCGGCUACCAGCUGGCCGGCUCCGUCGCCGGUUUCGCCUGGUCCUUCACUCUGACCUGCCUCAUCCUCUUCCUGAUGAACCUCGUUCCCGGCCUCAGCCUGCGUGUCAGCGUCGACGACGAGGACCUUGGUCUCGACGACUGCCAGCUCGGAGAGUUCGCCUACGAUUACGUCGAGGUCACCCGCCAUGUUUCAGACAUUGUGCCCAGCAGCAGCCAUGACGGUGCCCCCGGCAGCUCCGCCCACAGCUCAUUGCCUGAGAAGACUGUCUAA